AUGGAAAAUCUGAAAACAACAAGGAUUCAAACAAUUAUACGAUCAGCAGAGUCCAAAAAAGCUGUAAUAAACGAGUUUCUUAAGGCGUGGGUGGUGAUUCCUGCUGCUGAUACUUUGCGCCGCAAAUAUUUACCCGACAUAUUUGAAAAACAUCUCCAAGCAUUACAUACUGAAUUUAAAGAGAAACCCAUAGCCAUUAUUAUUGAUGAAGCUACAGAUUCUCAGGCUCACAGUGUUGUAAAUACUCUGUUCAGUUAUUGCAAUUCAUCAAAACUUGUAUCAGUCGAUUAA